AUGGACUCUUCUAAUAUUAAUAUUUAUGAAUAUGAAGAAUUUGAGGAUUCUGAAGUAACUAAUGUUAAUGAGAAUAUUGCCACCUUUGCUUCAACUGAUAUUAUUGAAAUCAGUGAUGAUAUAAGAGAAGAAAGUAGUACUGAAGAAUCUACAAAUCAAUUUAAAUGA